AUGGGAUCAGCACCCGGGCGAGGGACUAACGCAAGAGACGAACCACCCCCUUAUUCCUCCCUUGGACCACAAAAUUACGAAGGGCCGGAGCCCCUCGGGAUGCAGAGUAUUCCAGUCGCAGCGGGGGGUCCGCCCUUUCUCCCGCCGUUGGUGAAGGGACAGAAGAUUCAAAGCGGGCCUUAUGAAGUGACCGUCGAUGAGAAUAUGGUGAGACAGAGGGAGAUGCAGAAUCAAGCGAUUUACCGGUCAUGGCUGGAGCAGCAGAGACGAGCGGCGCUCCCGGAGGACGAGUACUUCGCUGAGUUUCAAAUCCCGAAAAUCCGGAGAGUGUUCAUUCAGAAAGUCUUCUUCAUUCUGUUUCUCCAAUUCGUAUUUACAGCGUUGUACAUCGCAUUUUUCAUGUUCUACGAACCGGCAAAUGUUUUCAUCAAGACGCACUGGUACCUUUGGAUUCUCGCCAUGGUAGCAUUCAUCUGCUCCUACUGCAGCAUCUCCCUCACCGACUGCGGCAGAACACAAUCUGGCUGGGGCUCCAUUUGUCUACUACUCCUAACUCUAGCAGAGUCGCAUCUGUCGGCCUAUAUAUCCGUCCACUUCGAAGUUGAAGUUGUGCUCAUAGCUGUGAGUGCCACAGCUGCGGUCUCCAUCUUCAUCACGACUGCAGCAGUUUGUUGUAGGUUUGACUUUACGAAAUAUUCGGGACUGCUAAGCAUUCUGGCAUUCGUGGGGUUGCUGACACUGCUCCUGUUGGUGAUCACAAUGAUGUUCACCAAUAUUCCAGCCGUGAUGACCAUAUUUGGAUCUAUCGGAGCUUUGAUAUUCUCUCUGUACCUCUACUUCGACAUUCAAACGAUCAUGGGCGGCAGGAGAAUUCAGAUAAGUCCUAAUGAAGUGCUCUUCGCUACUACGCAACUCUACGUCGACAUCAUCGGUCUGUACAGAUACAUGCUUCUGAUCGUCGGAGGCAGUCACUCAAACUCCUGAAGUCUUUUUAAUUUUAUGAAAGCGUUAUUUGAAGAAAAUGCAAUAAACGAUUUUUUCAAUUGA